AUGGAGAAAAGUUUACUAACGAUUGCCCUUGCCCUUGCCCUUGCCAUCUUCAUCAUGGAAUUAGCGGGCGAAGACUCAAUAUGGAUCCAGCCGACGCUGUCUGAUCCAUUAGUGGCUUCCUCCUCCUCCUCCUCCUCCUCUGUAGGGAGCAAUACAGACCGCUCGACUCUGCUUCCUUGUGAAGGCGCGUGUCGUCCUUCUUUGCCGCUUCUUGAGGAUGCAAGCACGGAGGGCCUCCUCAUCCAAGUCGGCACGCGACUCCGCCUCCGCGGCCUCGCCCUUGAGAGCUGUCGCGACUUCCCGCGCCGUGUUCCUCGCACGGCGGGCACGCUGCCCUCUUGGCCAGUUGGGCCGCUUAUUAUUGAUUCACUACGUGAAGAUCCCCUAUAUGGUCAACAACUGCCGCCGGUGUCUGAUAGUAUAAAUGAAAAUGCAUGCCAGCUCUGCAAACAGGAAAAACUCACUUUUGAACCCCCACCAAUGUAUUGCUUCCCUUGUGGUGCUCGGAUAAGGCGAAAUGGACCAUACUAUGCUUAUGAUACUCGUGAUACCCACCACUCUGUCUGCAUUCCAUGUUACAAUAAGUCCCGUGCUCACACCAUUGAGGUUGAAGGACAGAUGUUUCCGAAGGCCCGAUUUCAGAAAAAAAGAAAUGAUGAGGAAACUCAAGAAUGUCGUGGGCUGCACGUGCCUUCACCACAGAGUGCUGUUCUUGGGGCAAGUGAUCUGCCAAGAACUGCUCUUAGCGAUCAUAUUGAAGAGCGGCUUUUUAAACGGCUUAAGCUGGAGAGACAGGCUCGUGCAGUUCAGACAGGACGUAGUUUUGACGAGGUUGCUGGAGCAGAUGGUCUUGUGGUCAGAGUUGUUUCAUCAGUGGAUAAGAAGGUUGGAGUUAAACCACGUUUUUUGGAAACUUUUCAAGAAGAUAAUUACCCGACGGAAUUCCCUUACAAGUCCAAGGCUGUUCUUUUGUUCCAGAAAAUAGAUGGUGUAGAAGUCUGCUUAUUUGGAAUGUAUGUUCAAGAAUUUGGUGCUGAAUGCGCUUUCCCGAACCAACGUCGUGUUUACUUGUCAUACCUGGAUUCUGUGAAAUACUUCAGACCUGGGAUUAAAGCAGCCACUGGAGAGGCCUUGCGUACAUUCGUCUACCAUGAAAUUCUGAUAGGAUAUCUUGAAUACUGCAAGCAGCGUGGAUUCACAAGCUGUUAUAUAUGGGCUCGCCCACCUCUGGAAGGUGAUAACAUUUUUUAUUGCAAUCCUACGAUUCAGACGACUCGAACAUCUGACAUACUCCGGGAGUGGUGCUUAGCCAUGAUUCGAAAAGCUACUAAGGAGGAGAUUGUUGUUGAGCUUACAAAUCUGUAUGACCAUUUCUUCAUUACUACGGGAGAGUGCAAGGCUAAGGUUACUGCUUCUCGUUUGCCUUACUUCGAUGGAGGUUACUGGCCAGGAGCUGCUGAAGAUAUGGUCAAUCAACUGCAUCAAGAAGAAGAUGACCAAAAGCUUCAGAAGAAGGGUAAUGCAAAGAAAAUUAUUAGAAAAAGAGCUCUUGAAGCUGCUUGCCACACUGAUCUAAGUGGAAACGCUUCCAAGGAUGAUAUGCUGAUGCAAAAGCUUGGGGAAACCAUUUAUCCAAUGAAGGAGGAUUUCAUUAUGGUCCAUUUGCAGUAUUCUUGUAGCCACUGUCGUAGCUUUAUGUCGUCUGGAAAACGUUGGGCUUGUCAUCAAUGCAGAAGUUUUUACAUCUGUGACAAGUGCUACAGUGCAGAACAAGAGCUUGAAGAGAGGGAGAGGCAUCCGAGCAAUAGUAGAGAAACACAUAAGCUCCAUCCGGUUGACAUUGUGGGUGUGCCUGAAGAGACAAAGGAUGGAGACGGUAUCAUAGAAAGCAAGUUUUUCGACACCAGGCAGGCGUUUCUCAGUCUUUGUCAAGAGAACCAUUACCAAUUUGACACCCUUCGCCGUGCCAGGCAUUCGUCGAUGAUGGUGCUGUACCACCUACAUAAUCCCACUCUCCAGCGUUUCAAUAGGGCUGUGUAGUUACUCCAGUCUGUAGGGGGUGUAUAUAUAUUUGCAUAUGUAUGCCAGGACCAGCCCUGACGUUCCACUUAUGAAGCAGGCCGAGAAACGGUAGUGACUGUUUUACCGAACUCAUCUAUCUUUGCUCCGUGGAGAAAGCUGUGACUGUUAUACCGAAUCUCAACUGAACAAGAGGCGAUUGAGGCGUGUAUUAAUGUUGCUGGAUAUGAGUUUGAUGUUUCAUGCCAACAUGCAUUACUUAGUGCUGCUACUUAUGGCUUAGCUUUCUGCAGUCAUUUUCC